UUAUAAUUUAUAGGGAUUUGGCCUUUUAUUGUUCCUCUAUAUCCCCUCUUAGGCUCUUACCUUAUCUUCAAGCUCAUUAUAUCUCUCUCUUCCCUGAAAAUUUCCCAUUUUCUUGUGCCUCUAAAGUUUAAUUUGUUAUUAUUCUAUUUUUAAUUAUUCUUUAAAAAUAAUUGAGAUUUUUUUUUCAUUAUUUUCUAAUUCAAAAUGGGAGUCAGUGAUCUAUCCCCUAAUUCUCUCUUUCCAUGUCUUUAUAAAUCUGUUAAACUUACUACCCAUAACAAGCCAAUACUCAUUUUUUCAUUUAGACAAAUUAAUCAAUUUAAUAAAGUUGAAGUUCCUAAUUUUCUUAAACAAAGAAAACUCUUAGAAUGUUCGCAAAAAAUAAUUUCUGUGAAAAAUUCCAAUAAUCUUGAAUCUAUUAUGUUAUUUUGUGCUGAAAAUGGUCAUAUUGAGGAAGCUGAAUUGUUUUGGGAUGAAAUCCAACCUAAUGUUCACUUAGUUUCAACCCUAAUAAUCGCAUAUGCGAAAAUUGGGGAAUUGGAUAAAAUUUCUGGGAUUUUGAAUCAAUUAAAAUGUAGAAGAUUCAGCUGGUUGCCCCAGGUUUACUCCCUUGCAAUCAAAUGCUUUGGAGUGCAGGGACACCUUGAUUUAAUGGAACAAACAUUAAAUGAUAUGGUUUCCAUGGGAUUUCCUGUGGAUUCAAUUACAGGACAAGGAAAAGGCUUAACAUUUUGGGCACCAAACAUCAACAUAUUUAGGGAUCCAAGAUGGGGAAGAGGGCAAGAAACCCCAGGAGAAGACCCUUUGCUCACUGCCAAAUAUGGAGUGUCCUAUGUAAGAGGCCUUCAAGGUUAUACUUUCAAUGGGGAUAAGAUCUCGGAGCAGCUUCAAGCCUCCGCCUGCUGUAAGCACUUCACAGCUCAUGAUUUGGAUAACUGGCACGGGAUCACUCGUUAUACUUUCGAUGCUGAAGUGUCUAAGCAAGAUUUGGCAGAUACAUUCCAGCCCCCAUUCCAGAGUUGUGUUGAAGAAGCACGAGCCAGCUCGAUAAUGUGUGCGUAUAAUCGAGUGAAUGGGAUUCCUAGUUGUGCACAUUAUGAUUUCCUGACAGAAACUGCUAGAGGACAGUGGCAUUUUGAUGGGUACAUAGUAUCAGACUGUAAUGCUGUUCCUAUAAUCUAUCAACAGCAGGGGUAUGCCCAAACGCCAGAAGAUGCAGUUGCUGAUGUUCUAAAUGCAGGGAUGGAUGUGGAAUGUGGCUCGUUCACGCCAAGAUACACAAAAUCAGCACUCGAGCAGAAAAAGAUUGCGGAAGAAGAAAUAGAUCGAGGCCUCAGCAACCUCUUCUCUGUUAGAAUGAGGUUAGGCCUUUUCAAUGGAGAUCCAAGGAAAAAGGGAUCUUUUGGGAAGAUAGGCCCAGAACAAGUCUGCUCUGAAGAGCAUCAGAAUCUUGCACUAGAAGCAGCUAGAAACAGCAUUGUACUUCUUAAAAAUUCCAACAAUAUCCUUCCGUUGUUGAAAGAAAAAACCAGUUCGCUUGCUGUAAUUGGGCCUAAUGCUGAUUCCUCUCAAGUUCUCCUUGGUAACUAUGAAGGUUUUCCGUGCAAAAAUACGACAAUCCUUGAAGCAUUACAGGGUUAUAUCGAUGGUAUAAAGUAUCAUCCAGGGUGUAAUGCGGUUGAAUGUUCAUCUGCUGAAGUCGAACAAGCAGUCGACAUAGCCAAAGAAGUAGAUUAUGUUGUUUUAGUGAUGGGUCUGGAUCAAACACAGGAACGAGAGAAAAUGGACCGUGUUGAUCUAGUACUUCCCGGUAAGCAGCAAAAUCUUAUAAGCAGUGUAGCCCAAGCUGCUAAGAAACCUGUUGUGUUGGUGCUUCUUUGUGGUGGUCCGGUUGAUAUAUCUCUUUCAAGGGAUGAUGAUAAAGUUGGAAGCAUUUUGUGGGCUGGUUAUCCAGGUGAAGCUGGGGGACUUGCCCUUGCAGAAAUCAUCUUUGGAGAUCACAACCCAGGUGGGAGAUUACCAGUGACAUGGUAUCCACAAGGUUUUGUGCAAGUACCAAUGACAGAUAUGAGGAUGAGGCCUGACAAUUCUUCAGGCUAUCCAGGGCGCACAUACCGGUUUUACCAAGGCAAGGCUGUUUUUGAAUUCGGCUAUGGUCUAAGCUACUCAAACUAUUCUUAUGAGUUCGCCUCAGUUACUCGAGAUACACUCCGUCUGAAUCUAGCAUCAUCUCCUAAUCCGUCUCACAAAAGCUCGAACACAAGCAAACCCGUGUUGAUUUCACAGCUGAGUACACAAUUCUGUGACACAGUGAAGUUCUCAGCAGUUAUCAGAGUGAAAAAUAAUGGGAAAAUCUCUGGUAGGCAUCCUGUUUUGCUCUUUACGCGGGCUGUUAAGCCGAAUGAAGGAAGUCCCAUGAAACAGUUGAUCGGAUUUGAGAGUGUCGACUUGAAAGAAGGACAGGAAAGAGACAUCGAGUUUGUCGUGAGUCCAUGUGAGCACUUAAGCACUGCUAAUAAAGAUGGGUUGAUAGCGUUAGACUUAGGUGUUUAUCACCUGGUUGGAGGACAGGCAGCAUACCAAAUCAACAUCAUUGCAUAAACAUGAAUGUAGAAGUAUGAGUUUGUAUAGAAUAGAUCCAUGCAGAAUAAUAAAACUUUGUCGAACGAAAUGAGUCAAUUCACUAGUUUAAUUUAUUUUCAAUUUUUAGUUGGAAAAGACGAGCAUGACGGCCCUUUCCACAAGCCUUGUGUCGAUUCGAGUGAAAUACAAGAAAUUGUGGCUUGUGCCUUUUAGUUGGAAAAAGGCGGGCACAACGGGCCUUUAAUUUUUGGAAGACAUUGAACAUGGCAUACAUGAACUACAAAAAUUGUGGCUUGAUGCCGAACCAAUAAGCUCAGUUUGUGUCAUGUCUUGGGCGUGUUCAUGAGUAUACGUCACUCUACUUAUUGUGAUUCCAAGUGAAUUUGGCCUCAUGCUUACAUUUAUCUUUAACACAAAUUUUCGUGAAAGACGAUCUCUUUAGUCUUUAAUAAGUGCCCGUAUACAAUGAUUUAUAUAUGUUCUUAAAUCUUAGUUAUCUUAAUAGUGUUUUCUAAGAGUGAUUCUAUUUCUCUUUGAUGACUUGAGAAACUAUUUGCAACAUUUGAGGGAGAUAUAAAAUCGUAGGUAGUUAUGAGGGAGUACGUACAAGGUGUAAGAUCGAAGAAGCGUUUUAAGUAUUAAAUUAACAUAUUUUGUUUUAAUUCAAUUAUAGGGUUACUUUUGUGCUUUAUAGAUUUGAAGUUUAAACCCUAAACUUGAAAAAUUAAGGAGUGCAUGAGAUUAGAAUCCGGUAUAAUCUUAUAUU